GAAAAAAGAAGGGCGGGGAAAAAAUGAAAGGCUGAAAAUUUUUCUAUGUAUUCUUGCGUGAGCGUUAGCAACAGUAUGGGGGAGAGAUGAGUGCCUCUGCUUCUUCCUCUGCUCUCAUCGCUGCAGCUUCUACCGCCGGUCACCAUUGGAAAAGCCGCCAGAAUAAAUCCAUUUUCACCUCCAAGCAUUUCACCGUGCCGUCCCAUUACCACCAACCUUUUGUACUUCGAGUUAGAAAUGAUUCUAGUAGGACUGAAUUGUCAGAGCGUGCCACGGAAAGAUCAGAGGCUGAUAGGAUAGUAGAUGGAAUGGAGUUCGGAGAGCUGUGCAAUGAGUUUGAAUGUAAAAGUAGUCCUUUGGUUGAAUCAACAGCGAGACAACUUGUUCGUGAUAUCUUAGAGCUUAGGGAGGGCAACCGUGCACUUGGAACUUUUGCUGUUUCUGUUAAAUACAAGGAUCCUGUUAGAAGCUUUACUGGUCGUGAAAAAUACAAGAGGCCAUUAUGGGCUACCAAUGCACUAGAUAACCCUUCUGCGACAGUUCAGGAAAUGGUGAUGUUGUCGACCAGUGUCCUAAGAAUCAAAUGGACGAUCAGAGGAAAACCGAAAUCUUUCAUAGCCGGCAUAAGUGGAGAUUUGAUCAUAAAGAUCAACUCCCAGUUUACUCUAAACCAGAUUAGCGGCCAGGUGAUUGAACAUGAGGAGUUCUGGGAUUUAUCAUCGUCUACAGUCUUUGCUCAGGCAUUUUUCUGGACAUCUCGCCGUCUCUUUGCCACAAUAGAGAGCGGGAAGGACCUGUCUGAUCUUGUUAAAGGCUUGUCAAGCCGUUUGUCAAAGGAGAAAGAAAAUCCAGGAAUUUAUCCAGAUCCAUCUGGUGAUCCAACAAAGUUCUUUCAGAGGGAUGACUCCUUUCAAAGAGAUGCAUAUCAAAUAGCACUAUUUCUGGCAGUAAUCUAUUUUGUUGUACAGUUUUUGAGGACUACCCUAUAAAGCCUUUGAUCCACAGUCAAAAUUGUAACUAUCCAUGGUAUAUAUUCUCAAUGCAUUACCCAUCUUUAAUCCAUAGAACAUCAAACCCCAGUUGUACUUGUAUUUUAUUCAGAUUAUACUAAUAAUAUCACAAUUUUCAUUAAAAUAA